AUUAAAUGACUUUUAAAAAUUUCAAUUUUGCCGAUUGACAAGACAUAAAAUUAUUUUUCUCAACAACAAAAGACCAGACUAGAGUUUUUUAUAUAUAUAUUAUUAAAUAAAUCAUAGAUAAAUAAUUUGUAUAAGUAACCAACAAAUAUGCCACAAUAUAAAGUGAAAGUAAAAUGGGGACGCGAAAUGUUUCCUGAUAUUGAAGUAAAUACCGAUGAAGAACCCAUACUGUUUAAGGCUCAGUUGUUUGCGUUGACGGGAGUACAACCGGAAAGGCAAAAAGUUAUGUGCAAGGGUGGUAUAUUAAAAGAUGAGGAAUGGAAUUUGCAAUUAAAAGAAGGAGCUACAAUUUUGUUGUUGGGCACAAAAGAACAGGUACCAGAAAAACCUGCUGAACCAGUCAAGUUUAUUGAAGAUAUGAACGAUGUAGAAAUGGCAUCAGCUAUGGAAGUUCCAGCUGGGUUAACUAAUUUAGGCAACACUUGUUAUAUGAAUGCUACUUUACAAUGUUUACGCGCUGUCCCUGAAUUGCGUGACGCCUUAGAAAAGUUCCGCGUCGGUAGUGCUGAUGCUGAGUCGAUGCCUUUGGCCAUAACUUCAGCUAUGAAGUUCUUAUUUAAGCAAAUGGAAAAAACUGGUUCUACGGUAACACCUUUCGUUCUAUUGGGAACGUUACAUCGUGCCUUUCCACAAUUCUCUCAAACAGGCGAAAAUGGUACCUAUCGCCAACAGGACGCCAACGAGUGUUGGUCCGAAUUGCUGAAAAUGUUGCAGCAAAAAUUGCCAGCAACUUAUGAUGGCAAUACUGGGGGAGAUGAAAAGAGUAGGAAAUACAGUUCAUUUAUUGAACAAUACUUUAGCGGUACUUUUGAAGUUAAAAUGAGUUGCAGUGAAGCUCCUGACGAGGAUAUCAGCAUUAGCAAAGAGAACUUUUUACAAUUAAGUUGUUUUAUAUCGCCCGAGGUCAAAUACAUGCAUAGUGGCUUAAAAUCGAAAUUAAGUGAAACAUUAAUUAAACGUUCUGAAAGUCUAGGAAGAGAUGCCAAUUAUACCAGAUCGUAUUUAAUUAAUCGUUUGCCCGCCUAUUUAACCGUUCAAUUUGUACGUUUCCAAUAUAAAGGUAAAGAAGGCAUCAAUGCUAAAGUCUUAAAAGAUAUUAAAUUUCCCAUCGAUUUCGAUGCUUUCGAUUUGUGCACUCCUGAGUUGCAAAAUAAAUUAUGCCCCAUGCGUUCAAAGUUCAAAGAAUUGGAAGACAAGAAAUUGGAGAGUCAAGUAAAAGCUCCGCUGGAAGAGCCUAAAGCAAAAGAGGUUGGUGACACAAAAACGAAAGUUGAAUAUGAACCAUUUGGUUUUGAAGAUGAUGAAGGUAGUAAUAAUUCCGGUUACUAUACACUCCAAGCUGUUCUAACACACAAAGGACGUUCAAGCACUUCGGGGCAUUAUGUGGCUUGGGUGAAACAAACCGAAGAAAUUUGGUUUAAAUUUGAUGAUGAUGUCGUAACAUCGGUGACAAGUGAUGAAAUUUUGCGUCUUUCCGGCGGCGGUGAUUGGCACUGUGCGUAUGUCCUGUUGUACGGGCCUAAACUUUUGCCAAAAGCUAUCGAAGCUAAAGAAAGCAAUUAAUAAAUAAACACAUACAUCAAAAAAAGCCUACAUAAAACCAUCAGUAAUGAUUAUGUAAUUGCAUUUUAAGAUCUUAUUUAAAUAAAAAAAAAAUAAAAA